UCCCAUCAUUUCUCAUAGUAUUCUCAUUCUUCCGAACGCCGGACCGGAUAUUAAAUACUUUUUUGGUUUCGUGAGGACACAAAUGAGUACCACAACGACUGUCAUAUUGAUAUUUGGGCCAAAGUUCUAUCGUGUGGUGAAAGGAGAGGGCGAUCUCUGGGAUAAUAGGGUCCGCGCGCGAGGAGUGACCGCCUCCUUCUCGAUCAAUGGCGUUGGUCUCGUCCACGAAGAGACCACUGACUUGUAUCAGGAGAACGAGGAGCUGAAGGAGGAGAUCCAGAAGUUGGCCUCUCAGGUGGAAGUGAUGAAGAUCUGUCAGAUGGAGUUCAAGAACCGGCAUUUGCCUAAAUCGAAACACGGCGGCAACCAAACGACCGGUAACUCCAUGACCAUCACGUCUAACGUGUCGGGCACCGGCACCUCCAGUCAGAGUCCUAUCGUGAAAGCCAUUUACAGCAAAUUC